AUGGAUAUGUACUUGGAACUUUCUUCGAGGGUGAAUAUAACUAUCCAUGGAUGCAAACUCGGGGAUCAAAAUGCUCAGUUCUGUAAUCGAAUAGGAUGUAGCGGCAGAAUUAAGUACAGUCAGAAUACCAAAAUUGGAAUCCUGGAUAAAGCCAAAUGUGCUAAGCCUUCUUUGGAAAAUGGAAAGGAGAUAACCAGAAAUACCUCUAGGACUUGUUCUAUGAUGACCAGUGCGAAAAAAUCUUACAUCGAUCCUAAGUCUUCUCGUGUAGGAUUUGAUUCAUCGGAAAGUAGUACUUCGAGCAAAUCAGAAAUAGGGAGUUCUAGUGUGUCAUCAAACAUUAGAUCUCAAAAAGUAUUUCAUCGUAAAUCAGGGUCAAUCAAACAAAACACACUGCCAGCUUCCUCUGUCCCGUCGGUACCUAAAAUCUCUGGCCUAGGGGCAUGUAAUAGUGGUAACAGGAGCAGGUGCAGUUUGAGAAAUCUGAAAUGCAAUUCAAUAUCUGAUGACGUUCGACGAAGUUGCUCAUCAUCAGAAUCACAGUCUAGUAGGAAGGAUGAAAUGAAAAAGAGAAGUUCAGAAGGGGAAAGUAGUUCAUCUUGUGGAUGGAAGAAAACAAAUACAGCAUUAUCCUUUAAUGGACGUGACUCCCGUUCAACUAAUGGCAUCUCUAUAUCUGAUUCAAGACAUGGCAGUUGGACUCCCCAAGAGGAUGUGAGUGGUGCUGCAUCCGUUAGGACUCAGAGGCCAACCAACAGAAAUUCAAGGGCUAGGCUUUCUAAUCAGCAUAGUGGAAACAUUUCCCGAUUUUAUCAGCCUGAAACACCUAUUAAUGUUGACGACCAUGGUUCAUCAAGUGGUCAGAGUUCUUACAGCCUUUCCAGCAAUAGUGGUGAUAAUCUAUCCAGUCUAAUGACUUCCACUUCUAUGGGAUUUGACACUACCGGUUUAGUGAAUGACGCAUUGCAGCUACAUAACAUGGAUGGAGUUGCUGAGAUAUUACUAGCACUUGAGAGGAUUGGACAAGACGAACCGCUGACCCGUGAGCAAGUACUUGCCUUUGAGACCAGUUUAAUCAUUAGCGGCCUCAACCUAUAUGACCAGCAUCACGACAUGAGACUGGAUAUUGACAACAUGUCUUAUGAGGAAUUAUUAGCUCUUGAGGAGUGUAUGGGUACGGUGAGCACAGCAGUAUCACAAGAGGAAUUGUCGAAAUGCCUCGUGAGAAGCAUCUAUCAUGGUGGCCUCUCGGACGAAAAAGUCAAGGGAUCAAGCAAGGAUGUAGACGACAUCAAAUGCAGUAUUUGUCAGGAGGAGUAUGUCUUAGGAGACGAGACCGAGAAGUUGGUGGAAUGCCAGCACCAGUACCAUGUAACGUGCAUACACCAGUGGCUGCAGCUGAAGAAUUGGUGCCCCAUUUGCAAAGCAUCGGCAGUCCCAUCUUAG